UCUGUCAUGCCAGCUUUGUGAAGUUGCUUCAUCUCUGCAAUGAGGCAACUUAGAGUUUUUCAAAAGAAGGUGCACGAGUGUCUAGGAGCUAUACCUUUGACAGCCCCGCCUGACUUCACAAGGCUCUCCUCAGUAAGCCCCCAAUACAAACAUCAUGGCUGACCCAUGGCAGAAGGCGUAUGACUUUGCUGUUGAAGUGGCAAGAAAAGCUGGAGCGGAAAUUAGGAAAGCCGGGGAAAGUGAAAUAAGGGUCAUGACAAAGAGCUCCACUGUAGACCUGGUCACUAAGACAGAUGAGAGGGUGGAGAAAAUCAUCAUCGGGUCUCUGAAACAGGAAUUCGGCGAAGGCACACACUGUUUCAUCGGGGAGGAGUCGGUGGCAAAGGGGGAGCCAUGCAUCUUGACCGACAAACCUACAUGGAUCAUCGACCCUGUGGACGGCACCACUAACUUCGUCCAUGGAUUCCCAUUCGUGGCUGUGUCUAUUGCCUUUGCUGUCAACAAGGAGUUGGAGUUUGGUGUGGUGUACAGCUGCUUGGAGGACAAGAUGUACAAAGCGAGGAGGGGGAAGGGAGCUUUCUGCGAUGAUGAACAAAUCCAAGUGUCCGAUGUUAAAGAUAUCAACAAGUCCAUUAUCAUCUCUGAGCAUGGAACUGACAGAAGCCCGGAAAAAGUAACCAAGAUCUUCUCCACCAUGCAGAGGAUCCUGCGCAUCCCAGUGCAUGGGCUCCGUGGGUCUGGGACAGCUGCCACUAACAUGUGUCUGGUGGCGUCGGGGGCGGUUGAGGCCUUCUUUGAGAUUGGGAUCCACUGCUGGGACAUUGCUGCUGGAGCGGUUAUCGUCAAAGAAGCCGGAGGAAUACUGCUGGAUGUCGAUGGGGGACCGUUCGAUUUGAUGUCUCGAAGGAUGGUUUCAGCAAACAACGACUUGAUUGCUGCGCGGAUCAUCAAGGAAAUUGAAAUAUUCCCAGUGGUGAGGGACGACGCUCCGACGCAGAAGAAAUGAGAAGAUACAAACGCUCUUCAAAACGAGAAGCAGAGGAAAAGUCCACUCUGUCGCUGUGUGUCGUAAAUAAACUUUCUGUGCUUUAAUCACCA